ACGAACACAAACACACCCUUUUUCCUCCAAAUUCCACAAACAAAGGCUAUUCUUUCUUCCAUACUUUCAACCAUCUUUUAUGGCAUUGUACAUACUUCCCAUUCUCCUGGUUCUAUCUCUAUCAGGAGCUGAAGCGGCUGUGUUUACAUUGCAAAACAAAUGUAGGAACACAAUAUGGCCGGGGAUUCUACCUGGGAGUGGACAAAUUCAGCUAAUGAAUGGAGGGUUUCAGCUUAACCCUGGUGAAGUUGUAAAUGUUACUGCACCUAAGAAAUGGUCAGGCCGGUUCUGGCCUCGUCGUUUUUGCAAGUUCGAUUCCGCUGGUAAUGGACAAUGCUUGACAGGAGACUGUGGUGGCAAGCUACAAUGUACUGGAGCUGGCGGUGCACCACCAGCAACACUUGCUGAGUUUACCUUAGAUAGUCCUGUGGAUUACUAUGACGUUAGUCUCGUUGAUGGCUAUAACGUACGUGUUUCAAUAGAACCUUUGAGCGGUACAGGGCCUACAUGUAAACCAAUUAGUUGUCUUGCGGAGUUGAAUAGGCUCUGCCCUGUGGGAUUGCAAGUGAAGAGAAAUGGUCAUGUUGUGGCGUGCAAGAGUGCUUGCUUGGCCUAUAACACACCUGAAUAUUGUUGUACUGGUGCAUAUGCCACCCCUGAUUCAUGCAAGCCUACCGGUUAUUCCAAGGUGUUCAAGGCUGUUUGCCCCACGUCUUAUAGUUAUGCCUAUGAUGAUCCCACAAGCACUUUCACUUGCCAAGAUGGUAAUUAUUUGAUUAGGUUUUGCUGAAUAUAUAAUGUAAAAAAGAAAGAAAUGUAUGUGUGUGUAUUGCAAAAUUAUGAUGAGAAGUAAACUCUCCACGGAU